AUGUCUGUCCAGCAGGGAAAGAAGCCUGUCGUUCCAGGCAUGUCGUCUGGAGAAGACUCCUCUAGGCCAUCAACCUCUUAUCCUCAAGUACCCCCAGCCCCUCUUCGACCUGGAUGGACCUUGUCGAGAGACUCUUCUGUCGUUCGAGGCAUCAAUGGCGACUUCCAUCCCGGUGCACAAACCCCCAUGUCGGGCAUGACCCAUGCAUCAUGGCUCACAAACAACGGCAACGAAUCGAACCUCUCCUUCACCUCGUCCAUCAUGCAAGAAGAAGCCAAGCUACGCUGGGACUCGGAUGAGGAACUCAAGAAGAUGUCCAAGAGCAUGCUCCGUCUUCAGAAAUGGAGUCUCAUCAUCGGUCUUGCUGGUAUCAACGGCGCCCUCAUCUAUAUCGGUUGGAAGUACUACCAGGUGUACUACUUCUUCCUCGUCCUGCUUAGCUCCAACACCGUCUUGCAAUCUUUCAUGUGUAUCUGCAUUAUCCUCCACUGGUUCUGUACACGAGUGCUGUGCUUUUGGUGGCGACCCAAGGAGAAUAUCCCUGCUGAGCCGGAGAAGAUGGUUCUACUUUUGCCAUGCUACAACGAGACCUAUGAGGAGUUGACGCGCUCUCUCGAUUCUCUUAUCGCGCAGAAGCAUAUCGACAACCAUCCCCGUGUCAUCUUUAUCGUCGUGGAUGGCAAUGUGCGUGGCCCAGGCAUGGAAAAGACCACCCAGGAGUAUCUCCUCCAAGACAUCCUCGAACCAGGCCCAUCACGAACCUUUGAGAACGGAUACCGUGCCCGAGAUGGUCUAUUCAUGCCCGUCAAGACUCAGACUGGUUUCUACAAGGGCAUCCCCUACGUAUUUGUCGGCAAGCGCUACAACCAGGGCAAGCGAGACAGUCUCUGCUUUGCGCGUUCGCUGUUGUACCACUUCAAGCAGCGCUCUGAGAACGUGGUCACCAUGUUCAACAAUGACCUGUUCGAGUACAUUGGUAACAACUUUAUCAAUGCUGGUCUUGACGACGUCACGUAUCUCUGUGGUAUGGAUGCCGACACUGUGUUUGACGAGGACUGCAUCUACGAGAUGAUUGUGGAGAUUCGCAAGAACCCCAAGGUUGUUGGUGUUUGCGGUCAUGUCUGUGUUGACUUUGACGGCAGCAACUGGGGCUACUGGUCUCUGUACCAGUCCGUCGAGUACUCCCAAACACAAGGUCUUCGACGUAUGUUUCAGUCGCGCAUCACUGGAAAGGUCAACUGUCUUCCUGGAUGUUGUCAACUCAUCCGUGUUGAUGAAGCUACAUUCGGUGAUGCUGUUCUUCGCGAGCGAUUCGGUUACUGUCCUAAGCCCAACGAUAUCAUGACACAGCACAUCAUGGGUAACUACUCUGAGGACAGUAUCCACGCGUCCAUCAUCUUUAGUCUCUUCCCUGGCUGCCAGACCGCUCAGGCUCUUCGCGCCAAGGCCAUGACUAUUGUGCCUCAGGACUGGAAGGUGUUUCUGUCUCAGCGCAAGCGUUGGGCUUUGGGCAGUAUCUCCAACGAGUUUGUCAUGAUCUUCCGUCCUGGCAUUAUUCUUAUCGAGCGUCUCCAGAGUCUCAUCGCUGUUAUCACCUGGGCCAUCACACCUUUCAUCAUCGCUGCCUUUGUCGAGCUACUUAUGGUGUUUGCCAAGCGUGGCAAGGAAGUCAUGUCAGACCCCGUCUUUUUGGGUCUCAUCUGUGUUUUGUUUUUCCGUUAUCUUUACUCUUUCUGCAUCGGCUUCUGGCUACCGCGCAACAACCUCGAGCGAUUGCAAUACUUUGCGGGCUACGUUAUGCACUUGUUCACAUCGCCGUUCAUGAACAUCAUCAUUCUGGUUUACUCUCUCUUCCACUCUGAUGACUUCAAAUGGGGCAAGACUCGUGAGGUUAUUCGUGGCGAAAAGGACACUGAUGAUGCUGGUGGCCGUGGAACACACUAA